AUGCCCGUCGAGAGACCUAUUGCUGAUGGGUCAUUUGGCAAUGUUGAGCAUCUUAUAAUUACAUCACGCAGCUCCCGUCCGCUGCUCAACAGCAGUGAAAUACUUGCGGAGGCUUUGAUCUCCAGAAACUUCACAAUUGCCAACAUCAUCGCAUCUAAAUACCUUGCAGCGCUAGAUGCUGCAGAGGCGGCCGUAUACGUAACAUCUUGGCUUAUCUUACACUAUGAGAAUGGAGGUGAUGAAUAG